CCCUCCUUCUGUUGCGAGCCUGUUAUCGCUUUCUUCCCCGGUCUCUUUUCUUUGUGUCUGUGAUCUGUCGUUUCUUCUGGCACCUGAUUUCCUCGUCUCCUCGUCGUUCGUCCAAAUCCUCCCAGUCGCUCGCUUGUUUACUCCUCUCAGGCUCCACCGACCACUCUCCUGGACCCCUUGGACCCUCGGACCCUAUUAGACGAUCUGCGUCUCGCAAACCGAUUCGUGUUUUCAUUCUCGUCAUCUCUCGUCAUCGAUAGUUUAUCACCAUCUCGCCCUCGUUAAGUCCCCCGUAUACAAACCAUCCGGGCUUCCUUCGGGAAUCGUCAAACGCUCGUUGCCCAGUGAACACCAAUUGUCAGAAAAAUCGCGGUUCCUGUUUGCGCAAAGGGGAUCAAUCGAGACCCCGCUCUAUCUACACAAGAAAUCAGGUGCGAGCCUGCAGCGACCAGGAUGCGUUUCAUUUCGCUUUUCCCUCUGGCGUGUCUCCUUUUGCUCGCCGUGCUUUCAACAGCCUGGCAGUUUGAUGGGCUGGAAAGGGUCCAUGGUCAACUCUUACCCAGAGAAGACUCGACAACUUCCACCGAGAGUGCCACCACCGGUGCUUCAGCCAGCGAGGAGACUGCUUCGGCAACGUCUACGAAAUCAUCCAAGGAGACUUCCACCGAGACUUCCAGCGGAACCUCCAGUGAGACUACCGAUUCUGCUUCCACUACUACAACUAGCAAGCACUCCGGACACUCUACGUCAUCUAAGAAUUCCACCACCACUUCCACCUCCGUCGACGCUCGUCUCCCCGCCGGUGGUAUCUCGAUGCUGACCCCCUCCGCCAUUUCGACAACAUACUACAAGAUCGAUGAGGCCAUUACCUUCGUGUGGAACUAUACAUCCUUGUCCAUCACGCCCACUGGGGUGAACGUCGUUGCAUCCUGCAGUCUGAACGACGCUACUUAUACCAUUGCUAGCAACCUGAGCGUUUCGCAGACCCAAUCAGUUGUAUGGGAUACGAAGAAGUACCAGGCCAAUGCUACGGUACCUCUGCUUACUGCUUCCUAUACCCUUAUCGUGUACGAUGAGAGCAAGAGCAUCAGUGAUGUCGCCAGUGCUGGAGAACUGGGCACUGACACUCGUUACUACUUCGCAAUGUACGCUACACAGGCCUACACACCGCUUGCUGACUGGGUCUGUGCUACCUGUAGCGGCGCCUUUACCACCGAGGAGCUCCGAGCCAUGAAAUUCGCCGCAGGAAUGGCCGUCAUCACCGUUGCAUCCUUUACCUGGUUUGCCGGUAGCUCCGGUCUCUUCUUCACAUAAUACUAUGCCACGCUACCGAAGAGAGGGUUCAUGAACAUUUACAUCUACAUUUUUAUGCAUUCGAAAAAUGUUGCAUUGAGCUGAGCGGUUUCCAUUUCAGUAAUGAUAAUAGCGAUCUACCAGCAGGGCAGGGUACCGGCGUUUGUGUUUUUCUUUUUUUUUCCUUAAAAUAUGCAGUGGUAAAAAUGGUCUUUUUUUU